CAGAGAAACAGAGAAACAGAGAAACAGAGAGAUGAGGAAGCAUAGCAACUCCUUUCUUGUUCUUGCUCUUGCUCUUGCUCUUGCUCUUACAGCAGUGCUCGUAGAUUGCAACUCAGAAGGUGACAUCCUUCAUGCUCAGAAGUUAGUUUGGGAAGACCCAAACAAUAUUCUCAAGAGCUGGGAUCCCACACUUGUCAAUCCAUGCACUUGGUACCAUGUUACCUGCAACAAUGACAACUCUGUCAUCAGACUGGAUUUGGGUGAAGCUGGCUUGUCUGGACCAAUCCUUCCACAGCUUGGGAAUUUAACAAACCUUGAAUACUUGGAACUUUAUGGAAAUAAUAUAAAUGGAACAGUGCCUGAGGAGUUGGGUCAAUUGUCAAAGUUAAUCAGCAUGGAACUCCAGCAGAAUUUAUUGACUGGACCUAUUCCUUCUUCAAUUGGGAACCUCAAGUCCUUGAAAUUUCUGAGAUUGAAUGCAAACAUGCUGACAGGGGAGAUUCCAAUUGAAAUUCUCAAUCUCAUUCGGUCUGGCAAUAUAAGUGUCAUGAACAUUUCUGACAACUAUUUGGACGGGACAAUCAGAAGAUCUGAACAGACAGGAUUUUCAAUUACUACAGUUAUCAUGGAUCAGAAAACUUUCAGAUAAUGCACAGAGAGACAGAGAGAAAGAGACUCAUCCACAAAUUAGACUUAUAUUCAUAAGAGAUACUGAAAGAAACAAUACUAUUAUAUCACAUCUUGUUAGCAUUGUGUAUCUUUGAUCAUAUCAAAGUCUUUGGUUUGUAGUCAAUUUUCAUAAUUAUCUUCUCUUCAACAUUGUAUACAGAAACAAUGAUUUAUACUAUAAUU